AUGCGCUCAACUACACUCUCCGUGGCUGUACUAGCUGCGGCAGCUAGCAGCGCCUCCGCCCAUGUUGUGACGGAUGCCAAGCUCGUCUCGACAUCGUGGGGUGAGCUCUCCUCGUACGCUGACAACCAGGAGGAUUUCUUUGGUGUCGGUUAUGUCGGCCUUCCCGAUGGCUGCCAAGUUGAAUCCGUAAGCACCCUCCAGCGCCACGCGGAGCGCUUCCCCGACUCCGUGGACAAUGGUACCACGGGCGCCUUUGCCCAAAAGGUGGCCGACUUCCAGCACGCCCACAAGGACGCCCAGUUCAAGGGGCCGCUCGCCUUCCUCAACCGCUACCACUACGUCCUCAACAACACGGGCCUGCUCACGGGCCUCGGCGCCGGCACCGAGUUUGGCCGCGGCGUCGCCUUCUGGAACAACUACGGCCGCGCGCUCUUCUCCGCCGAGACGGCGCAGCUGCAGUACAGCAGCGUCUUCGGCAACGGCAGCGCGCGGCCGCCGGUGACGCUGCGCACCACCGGCCAGUCGCGCAUCGAAAACUCGCAGAUCAACUGGGCGCUCGGCUUCUUCGGCCCGUCGUUCAACUCCACGCCGGACCCGGACCUGCUGCACUGGCAGGCGCCGUUCAACACCGUCAUCAUCCCCGAGGGCGGCACCGAGAACAACACGCUGGCGUCGUACGACAGCUGCACCAACUCCAACAACAAGGACAAUGGCAACCUCGCCACCACCCACCAGGAGCGGUACCAGAAGAUUUACACCCGCCCUGCGAUUAAGCGCUUCGGCGGCUAUGCGCCGUCUGGCUUCAACUUCACCUCCAACGAUAUCUACGCCAUGCAGAUGACGUGCGCGUACGAGUACGGCUACAUUGGCCAGUCGGACUUUUGCCAACUCUUCACUGCCAAUGAGUGGGCUGGGUUUGAAAACGUCCUCGACCUGCAGUACUACUACCUGUACAGCUACGGCAACCCGACUGGUCGCGCUCAGGGUGUUGGCUACGUGCAGGAGCUCAUUGCCCGCCUGAACCACCAGUACAUUAGCGUCUCCAACUCGUCUGUCAACGCAACCUACGACAACAACGGCAAGACGUUUCCUCUCGGCCAGAAAGUCUAUGCCGACUUCUCCCACGACGACAUCAUCAUCUCCGCGCUGACGGCCCUCUCGGUGGACUACUUCAAGAAGCACCCAACGCUGGACGAGUAUCCUCCCAACCCCAACGCGCACUUCACACUCUCCCACCUCACCCCCUUUGGCGCCAACCUCAUCACCGAGCAGAUUGGUUGCUCGUCGGCCAACCCGGAGCCCGUGGAGAACCGUCGCGUGCAGUACACCGCGAAUCAGUACGGCUACGAUGCCAAGAAUGCCGCCCACAAGUUCAUCCGCAUGCGGCUGAACAAUGGUAUUGUGCCGCUCAACACCAUCCGUGGCGGCAAGUGUGGUGACAGCACCAAGGGUCGCCUUGAUGGCUUGUGCGAGCUCGGUGCGUUCCUCGACAGUCAAGCCAACACGUUCCAGGACAGCAACUACCAGUACGCUUGCUUCGGGAACUACACGCUCAAGAACUCGACAACAAAUGUUGACUACGACGGCACUAUCGUUGCUGGAAAGACCUACAAUUAG